AUGUUGAAGUUUAAAACUUUAUUUGAUUUGUUGGAAGCAUUUCCUAACGAACAAGGCAUUAUCAACCUUUUGGAACAAAAUAGGUGGAAUGGAAAAGUAGUUUCCCCUUACGACCCUGCUUCCAAAGCUUAUAAAUGUGCUAAUAACCAAUGCCGCUGCCAAAAAAAGUGGCAAGUCUUGGCCGACGGAACUCGAAUUCUGUCUAGUCGUGGCACGCAAGAUGCUCUAAAAAUGGUAGCUGGAGAUAGUCAACAAAAGCGGGGGCCGCGAUUGAAAGAAUAUUUAAGUCAAAAAUCACUCCAACCCUUUAAAGCCGAAGCCAGAAAAAACAUGGAUUUAUCACCUCGGCAAGCCAUAAUCGCUGCACAGGGUGAAAUAUUAGUUAGAUCAUUUGCUAAGAUUGGCCUUAUCGCGUUGGUGGAUGAAGCCACUGGUUAUCAAUACGAAAGAGAAAAAGCCGAAUUACAAGCUAUAUUAAAAACCUAUAUUGCUGAGGAAAUUUUAGAAUGGCAAAAGACUUUUCAACUAGAUUUUUAUAAAGAGAUAUUUAGGCUUUGA